UAGUUAAUUCAGCAAUUUUCUGUUUUAUUGCGUCCUGUGCAUUGGAUGCGCGGAUAUCGUGUGGGGUUCCGUGAUUGUUGGGAUGAUUAAUUCCAUUAUUCUCCGAUCGUUUUUCAUCCAAAGGUUUCUGUAUAAUUGAUUGGUUAACUCUGUUCCAUUAACUUGAAUAGGGUACCAAACGUUAUCGUCUCGGCCCGUAGUUGAGCAUUUCGUAGAAAGGACACCGAUAUAAUACUUGCUGGCACUGCCAGCCCAGAAGAAUUUCAGGAUGUUGAUUACCAUGAAGAAUCUACAACAGCAGACAUUUCAAAUUGAAAUUGAUGCCUCAGAAUCAGUCAAAGCACUGAAGGAGAAAAUCGAGAAAGAAAAAGGCCCAGACUAUGUUGCUACAGGUCAAAAGCUCAUAUAUGCAGGAAAAAUCCUGGCUGAUGACACACCAUUGUCCGAGUACAACAUUGACGAGAAGAAGUUUGUCGUGGUGAUGGUGAUGAAGCCCAAGCCUGCUCCACUGCCGACCGCGCCGCCGGACCCGACGGCGACUGCCACCCCCGCCCCCGCACCCGCGCCUGCGCCCGCCCCAGCCGCCACCCCCGCCGCCGCCACCCCUGCCCCCGCGCCGGCGCCGGCGGCAGCCACGGCCACCCCUGUGGCGCCGCCGGCGUCUCCGGUGCAGCCGGCGCCGGCAGGAGCGCCGGAGGCGGCUCCCGCGGGCGAGUCGGCCCUGCUGACUGGCGACCAGCUCGAGACGGUCGUCAAAAACAUCAUGGACAUGGGCUACAGCCGAGAGGAGGUGACGCGGGCGCUGCGGGCCAGCUUCAACAACCCGGACCGGGCGGUGGAGUACCUGCUCUCGGGCAUCCCGGAGGCGGUGCUGGAGCGGAUGGCUACCGGCGGCGACCAGCCAGAGGCCGAGGAGGCGCCCGCCGCCGGCGAGCAGGGCGGCGGCGGCGGUACCGGCGGCGGCGCGCCCACCUCCGCCGACACGGCCCAGCAGCUGGCGGCGCUGCGCGCGCUGCCGCAGUUCCAGCAGAUGCGGCAGAUGGUGCGCUCCAACCCGUCGCUGCUGCACGCCGUGCUGGUCGAGAUCGGCCAGAGCAACCCGCAGCUGCUCGACCUCAUCUCGCAGAACCAGGAGGCGUUCGUACGCAUGCUGAACGACCCGAGCGACGCGCCGCCGGCGUCUGGCGGCGGCGGCGGCGGUGGGGGCGGUCAGCGCGCGGCGCCCGCCGGCGGCCAGCCGCGCCCCGAGGGCGGCGGCCUGCUCGGCGGCCCGACCACCAUCCAGAUAUCGCAGCAGGACAAGGAGGCCAUCGAACGGCUAAAGGCGCUCGGCUUCCCCGAGCAGCUGGUGGUGCAGGCGUACUUUGCCUGCGAGAAGAACGAAAACAUGGCGGCGAACUUCCUGCUGUCGCAGGGCUUUGACGACUAGCGCGGCGCGCCGGCGGACGAGACUGAGCGUGCGCCGUGUGGUCCGGCGGUCCGGCCCGGCCGCCCUCGUUCAUGAGUGUCGACGCGAGGGCGCGGCCGGCCGGACUCGGCCGCCGCCGUCGCCCGCUUGUGAUGGAGUCAGUUAACAGACACGAUGCCAGGGUGUUUUCAUUUGCGUAUCCAGCUAAACCUAUUGGCUUGUUGCGCGCGCAGCCGCGCCGGUCGGCGGCUGGCGGCGCGGUCGGUCCUGACGGCGGCUCGCUCCGACCCGCCGGCCGGGGCCGCGGUCCGACCGGCCGUCUGUGCCGCGAGCGGGUCGCGCCGCCGCCGGCGCUGGGUGCCCCUCAGGCGGCCCGCUCCCGCUCGAAGAGACGGUCUGUUUUAUAAAACUGGUUAAAUAAAUGCGGCUCGAGCGUUCA